AAGCUGCUUCUCCCGCUCGGUUUCCAUGGAGACGAGCGAGCGCGGCCGCGGCGGCGGGGCUGUCAGCGCGCGCGGCGGCGGCGCGGCCGCGGGGGUCUGCAGGAGGAAGGAGGAGGCCGGUGCCGGGACCCUCGCGGCAGACAUGGACUUGCCUUGUGAUUGUGCUGCCGGAACUCCGGCCUCCGAGCAGCCGUCGGGGAAGAUUAACAAAGCUGCUUUCAAAUUAUUCAAGAAGAGGAAAUCGGGUGGCACCAUGCCCAGCAUAUUUGGGGUCAAAAACAAAGGGGAUGGGAAAGGCGCGGGUCCGCCGGGCAUGGUGAGGAGCAGGACCCACGACGGACUAGCCGAGGUGGUGGUGCUGGAGGGCGGCAGAAAGGAGGAGCCGCGCGGCGGGGGCGACGGCGGCGGUGGCGGGGGUGACCGCGGCGGGGGUCGGCCGAACCCCGGCCCCCCCAGAGCCGCCGGGCCGGGCGUGGGCUCGCUGGCCAGCAGCUCUGUGGCUAAGUCGCACAGCUUCUUCUCCCUUUUGAAAAAGAACGGGAGGUCGGAACCUGGCAGAGGGGACGCGGGAGAUGCCGGCAAGGCUGGCGGCAAACAAAAGAGGGGGCUGCGAGGGCUCUUCAGCAGCGUGCGCUGGCACAGGAAGGACAAGCGCGGCAAGGAGGGGGAGCGCGGGGCGCGCUCGGGGGGCCCGGCCGGCCUCGCCCUGCCGGGGUCGCUCACGGCCAGCCUGGAGUGCGUCACGGAGGAAGCGCCGCGACCCGCGUUCGCGCCGGAGAACCCGAGCAGGGACGCGCCGCCAGACCCAGCAGGUGAGCCCGGAGUGGGAGAGCCGGCGCCGGCCUCCGCCGAGCGCCCCGAAGUGCCCCGCGGCCAAGAGGCCGAGGGCCCCGGCGCCCCGACCGCCAGCGGCGCCCCGGGAGAGGACGCCGCGGGGCCCCGGCGCGCCGAGGAUCCCCGGGCACCCCCCGAGCUGGGCGCUGGGCAGGUGCGGCCGGCCGAGGAUACCUCCAGGACAGGUGACGUUCCGAUAAAGACCGUCCCCCUUGUCGACUCCGACUGUGGCAGCGGCCGGGCGUCUGCCGUCCCUGACCCUUCCUCUGUUGAUCCGCCCUCAGACCCAUCGACCGAUCGUAUUUGUUUGAUGUUUUCUGACGUGACUUCACUGAAAAGCUUUGACUCUCUUACAGGCUGUGGAGAUAUUAUUGCAGACCAAGAGGACGAGGCAGGGCCCAGCUGUGACAAGCAUGCCCCGGGGACAGGCAAGCCAGGUGUGUCUAAAAAGAACCCCAGCGUGGUGGCCUACCAAGGAGGCGGGGAGGAGAUGGCGAGCCCGGAUGGGGUGGAUGACACCUAUCUGCAGGAAUUCUGGGACAUGCUCUCCCAGACUGAGGGCCAAGGACAAGGCCCCCCCGAGGGACUGGCUAAGGCCGCCGCAGCACUGGACGCCAAGGGGGCUCCCGAGACCUCUAAAGACACCCGGGGGGUCGAAGUGGCCAAGGACGUGUCCUCGGUCAAGCGUAGGAGGCUCAACCGCAUUCCCAUUGAGUCGCAGCCCAAGGAGGAGCCCAAGCACCUGCUGAAGGAGCAGCAAGAAGGCGUCCCCAACAGUGAUGAGGGCUACUGGGAUUCCACCACCCCAGGCCCCGAGGAAGACAGCACGGGCAGCGGGAAGAAGGCGGGCAUCUCCAGGGAUAGCUACAGCGGCGAUGCGCUCUACGAUCUCUACGCGGAUCCGGAUGGAAGCCCGGCUGCCCUUCCUGCCAACGAGGAGGCGCCCUGUGUGUCUAGGUUAAAGCCCGUGUCUCCGGGCACCAUCACCUGCCCACUGCGAACACCAGGCAGUCUGCUGAAGGACUCUAAAAUCCCCAUCAGCGUCAAGCACCUCGCCAACCUUCCGUCCAGCCAUCCCGUGGUGCACCAGCAACCAGCCAGGAGCGAGGUGCCCAGAACAAAAAUCCCGGUGUCCAAAGUGCUCGUCCGCAGGGUCAGCAACCGAGGCUUGGCUGGGACCACCAUCCGGGCAGCGGCCUGCCACGACAGUGCCAAAAAGUUGUGAGGUCUUUGAGGCCAAGAUGGAUGGACCACAUGUCAAGGAAUACAACUUUCCCUGGUAACCACUGAAAUAAGUUCUGCUUUUCCUAAAAAAAGGCUUUGAGGACCUUCUCUGCUACAGAGCCUGGACCGAGGGUCUUUGUCCCCGCUGGGGCAGGAGACACUAGAGAGGGGAUCCACACUGCACAUGGGAGUCUCCUCCCCAAGAUAAGUCCCUGGGAAUUAUUUUCAAGCACUUUUUUUUCUUUUUAAAAAUAUGUCUUCUGUCUUUUUUCUUUAAUGCACUGAAUACUUGGAAGUCAUCUUUACUUGCCUUUUCAGAAAGAGGACUCAGCCAAACCGAAGUAAGUGUCAGGCCAUGAUGUUUGGCCAUGCCAGGGUCCAGAGGUCUGGAGGAGCCACUGCAAGAACCAGAAGAGUCCUCCUCUUCCAUGAUCCUUCCCUUCCCCUUCCCCUUCCCCUUCCAGGGGGUGGGGUGGAGGGUGGGCAGGGAAGACCCUUUGCUGUAUGGAAAACACCUAGAAAGCUGGGGAAAAAAAACACCCCCAAACAACCAGAACAGGUAUUACCUGAUGAGCAGAGGGCAUCACUGGCAGAAAAUUUUCCUAGUUUCAGUUGCUAGAUAUGCAAAUAGGUAAAUAUCUACCACUGGGUCAAAGAAAGGAGAGUUUUGGUUUGAUCAUUUGUUUGGGGAGAAAAAUGCUCAGCAGAGCAGGUUUUUUCCUUUUUGUUGUUUUCCCAUCCCAUGCAGAAAUCAGGACUGGGGAAAGAUUUCGUUACAUGCCAACAGACCCAACAUUGCAGCAUUUAUCAACUGUCACUUUUUCAUGUGUAGAUAAUGCAUCUUUUACCGUUUAUCCAGCUGUUAACAUUUUAUAAUCUGUUCGUAACCUCAAGUUUAAAACCUGGUUUUAUAGCUAAAUAUGGUAACUGUCCCCAAACCAUUGAUAUUCUUUUAUGUGCCGUAACCUGCAGCAAUUCUGUUGUUGUUUUAUAUGGGUUCUCUGGCUUUCCGUGCACAAACAAACAAAACAAACUAUUGUGUUGCUGUUCCAGGCAUUGGUUCUGCCUUGUCUUGGUAGGAGUCUGUUUCUUACACAAAAUCUUGAUUUUUUUCAGAGAUUUUACCUUUGUUAUAAAAAAUUUUGGAUUCAACCGUCCCUCAAUAUGGGGAUUCUAAAGUGAGGAACACACAACAAACAACAAUAGAAAAAUAUAGUUUUUCAUAUCAUUAGACUUCUGCUUCAUAGACUUAUGACUGAGACAGGUUAUGUUCAGAAUAUAACACUGGCAAGCUUAUAUAUCAUAAACACUUUAUGCCAGGAUUUUUUGAAAAGUGGCUUACUUUGUGUACAUUCUCUAUUAUUUGAGAUGAAAUAUUUAUUUCAGAAAGGGUUCCCAUACGCCUCGGUAGUUUGAAUUAUAAACCGAAGCAGUUCCUAGAAUACUAUUAAGGUCUAAUGAUUCUACAACAGUGUCUGAAAUGCACUUCAGAGCGUUUAAUCAAGAGACCAGAGUUUCUGCUAGGAAGUGACUCAUGGUGUCAGGAAGAUAGACAUAUUCAAAGGAAACUACACAUGUAAAUGACAUCAACACUUCUAUAUAACUUUCGUUUUUCCAGAGAUUGCCUAAGUAAUGAACUGAUAUUACAUGUUUUUUAAGUUUGUUUUCUGUAAAGGAAAGAAUAAGACAAGUAUACGAAAGCCUAUUUGAAUAAUAUGAAUGAAGUAACAAAAUAGUCAUCAAAGGAAAACAAAUUUGAGGCAGUUUUAAAAUCUCCAUUUUAAAUCUGCAGCGAUUCGGUUAGAAGAGGUGGUAGAGAUUUGCCAAUUUUUUUGUUAGAUUACUGGCUUUUAUUGCAUUGUGUCAGAUUCUUAGUGUUAUUUCAAAGUAAUGUUUCAUUUUCUUGUGUCUAUAGAUGAGGUCCUAUACUCAGGCAUGGCUUUAAGAACUCUGAAUACAUCAUUAGGAAUUCAUAAAGCAACUCACACUCACACGUGCUAAUGCACUCAACUGUGCACAAACUAACAAAGGCAUCUACUGUAAAAUUGGAAGUUGAAGUAUUUGAAAUGUUUUCUGUCUUGAGAAAUGAAUUUAAAUUUGACUUAAUGCUGAUAGUACUAUUUAGGCUCAAAAAACAUUCAUUUUCCACUAGUGAAUGGAAAGAACAUAAAUUUUAUUCCUAACUGUAAAAUGAAGCAUCUUUAUUUUCUUUUUGUGUAUUUUCUUGCAAGGAUUGUAUUUCCUCAGUGAGAAUACAUGGCAAAGUUAUGAUUGUUCAUUUGUUCAGUUGUACAGGAAAGUUGGGAGUACCUGAAGUAUUAAUGAGAAUACUGUAAUAGUAAAGGCAAUCUAUUUAUUUUGUAAGCACUGGGACAAACUAUUUUUACUUUCACAGAUUUGGGGCUUAUUUCUGUAUUUACACUGCUAUUUUGUGUGGUUUUUUUUUUAUAUAUAAGUAAAGGAAAAUGGCAGCAAAGUGUAUUUCCUCUGACCUGUCCAUUAACCAUUUAUACAUGAUUGAAAACAUGUUUUCUACUCUUUUUUCCAUUUUUUUCUCUAUAUCUUUAAGAAUUCCACAUACACCAGUCAAAUGAAGGAUUCAGGCAAUGAAUUAAAUGCCUUCAGUCACUUGAUGGGAAAUCAGGACCAGUGUAGGAAGAGGGUGUUCUUAACCUUUUCCAACCGUAGACAAGGGGUCAGAGCUGUUUGUUUGUGUUUUUGUUUGUUUGGUGCCAAGGGCUAUUUUUAUCCAUUCAUGUUCAUGGAGAGUGGACUUUUAAAAAGAAUUUUAACAGAUUUCCAUUUCAAUGAUUAUUAAUGCAUUAUCUAAUUUGGCCAUAUUUCCUGAUUUUUUUUUUAAAGGAAAGGAUUGGAUAUGGGCUGAUGACACCUUUCCCGAGUAUGAUUCUGAGAUGCUUGGUUGACUAAGUCCCUGUGGUGAAAGAGCUAGCCAAAUUAAAAACAAAAAGUCAAAUCAAUUGUUGGCUCUGAAUUUAUUGGUCAGUGUAACAGCUCUGCACAAAGACGGCCUGAUUUUGGUAUCUACAUUACACAGACAGUACUUGAACCACUGUGCUUGGUGCUAUCGGUGGUUGAUGCUUUUAUUCUCCCAUUAGCACCAAUAAGGAGAAAUUUUACUGCAGCAUUUUGAAUAAUUACAAGAGAAAGUAGAUCUUUAUUAUUUCAUCUAAUAACAACAAUGGAAUAUAGGACAUUAAGGAUUUUUUUUGGAUACCUUUUCCACAAAUUAUCUGCCUACUUAAAUACAAAGUGUUUAACAUCUACAAAGGUGACGACUUAUUAAGUUUAAAGGGUUUACUAAUUAAUUGCAGAACUAGUUUUCAAGUAUUUGCAUUUAAAUGAAAUUUCAAAUAGCCCUUUCCCCACAUAGUUAUCAAGGUAAAAGGAUAUAUUAGAUAUCAAGAUUUCUUUGAACUUUCUAAGAGUUUUCAUUAUUGAUAUCUUAGAUUAAUUUUCAGAGACUCUUUAUCUUUAACUUUGUAGGGAGAGUUUGAGUAAUGGAACUUUCUGUCUUCUCCCUUUGUUUCCAUCAUGUUUGCUUCCUGCCCUCAGAUAACAAUAAUGGGAUCUUUCUCAUGAUUUAGCGCCUUUUGACAUUUGCGUUGUGGAACUCAUUUCCUGGGUUUAGUUAUUCUAGAUUUCUCUCCUGAUGAUGAUUAUCUGGACUUGGCCCCUGUGCUUGACUGCUACUGAGACAUGUUCUAGUACAUUCACAUAUACUUUGCUACCCUUAUUGUCAUGAAGUUAAUUUAGGAAUUGUUAUACUCUUAAAAAUAAGGAAGAAAAAACAUCACAGUUACCUCCUAUCACGACUGAGGAUGGCCAAUUCAAAGUUCCUGGAUGAAAUGAGAGGAGGCACCCAAAUACUUCAGUCUAAUCCUGUUUCCCUUCCCCUUCUCCAGGCAGACCAACGUGUGAAUAACAGUUCUUAUUUAGGGAUUUUCAAUUCGUUACAUGAAAAAAUUUAUGAAAUAGUUUGAAACCAAAAGGCUAGUAUGGCAGACUAUCAUUUAAAAUAUAUAUAUUGAUUUCAGAGAGGAAGGGAGAAGGAGAGAGAGAUAGAAACAUCUAUGAUAAGAGAGAAUCAUUGACUGGCUGGCUG